CGAGAACACAUUCUUACUCAGAUGCAUUUCGACAGUUGAACGGAAACGACGUGUGUGUGUUGCUUUAUUAAUAAAAAAAGAAAGAAAAAAAUUAAAAAUUGUGUUCAAGUUCAAGAACAUUAAAGAAAAUUUUUAUAAAAAUUAAAAAAAAAAAUCAAGAACUAAAAAUAAAAGUGUUAACAACUUAAUCAAUGCUUUAGUGAAAUUUCCUCUAUAUAUACUUUGGAUUACAACUUACAUUUUGGAUAACAAUCUUAUAGCAGUUGGAUUUCUUUAGUAGUUUGAUUAAGUUGUGGCAUUAAAAACCGCUUAAAAAUGUUGAAAUGGGCAGUUAAUGGUCCUCGCCAGAGUUAUACACAAAAUGGCGAUAACAAUCCGGAUUUUCCCGUCACAUCUGGCUCUUCGCAACAACAGCAAAGACGUCGUUUGAAACGUAAAUCUUCUGACCUGAGUACGCUUAGACCUAAAACAUCAUGGCAUGACAAAGAAAACCAAUAUACCUCCACACCUUUGCAUCCAACAACCAGAAGUUUUUCUGAGAGUCCUUCACGUAAAAUGGAUAGUUUAAAAGAUUUAAGUAACAUAGUGCCCGAAAUGGCCUACAGUUCUCCUUUGAGAUUAUCCACCAACAAAAUAUCUCCACAUAUGUUGAAAACACCAGAAAACACACAAACCCGCAAAAAUCUGCCUAAUAAUUAUGCUUCCACAUUGCCCACUUUCGAUGUAGAAUAUUCACCUUGUGCUCUGAUUCCCGGUCCUAUAUUGGCGUUAAGGGGUGUAGGGAUACCAGAUAGUUACUUUGAAAAGCCUAGAUACAUAACACCUCAUCCCAAGGAAAUGUUAAACAAUAUUAAUGAGGAACCUUCUCUAGAAACCAAAACACUACAGAAACAAGUCGAGUCUAAUAUGAAAUAUCCUGUUUAUAUGGAAGAAUCUACUUUAAGUUCAACAAAGAUGGGAGAUGUAACCUUAGAACGCAUGAUAGACGCCAUACUUGAAAGUAACCGAAAAGAUAGGAAAUCUCAGAAAGCUCAAAAACCUUCACAGCAACAGCAUUCCAACAUGUCACCCACCUAUACACCAGCCGAAGAUCCAGCCAGUGAUUUGCAUGAAGUUUGGGAUUCAGAAAAGGCACGCUACAGACAGAAGGAACAAAAAUUUAGAGCCGGAUUAACGAAAAAGAGUUUAUUCAAUGAAAGAGAAAUAUGUUCGCCACAACUGCAAGAAACCCUAGAUCCAGGCCAAUUAAGAAGACAAGGAGGUCUUAGAAGAAAACGUAAAAUCACUCAAAUUACAGCUAGUGUCAUGAGUUCUGCUCAAAAAUUAUUGGGAAAAGGUCCGCAUGCACAAACACCCUUUAUGCAUUCACAUAACCUGCGCAAAGUAUUCGAGGCUGAACUCAUACACGAUGAAAUACAUCCACGCAAACUUUUGCGCAAUCUCAGUCCCGACAGUGGUCACAAUUCAUCUAGUGACUACGAAGAGGAAGAAGAUGACUCCACCUUAGAAUGUAUGACGGAUGACAACAAAACUUUAGAUAAUACCAAAAGAAGAUUGAGUUUUUCUUUGCAAAAUUUAAAUAAAACAUAAUAUAGAGUAAAAUAAUUACAUUUUUGUA